AAUACUGAGGCGCGGUUAGUGAAAACCGCAUCUGUUGAUCUUCCUGGUGUGGUCCUGUUUUCCCGUCGAAACAUAUCUCGAAUUUCGUAUUCAGAAAUCAAGUCCUUCGAAUUUCAGAAAAUUAACGCUGAAAAUUUGAUACUUAUAAGAUCCCAACUUUUCAAAUUGCUGCACGAAAGCCCUCAUAAUAAACUCACUUCCUUAUUUUGGAAACUUUUGAAAUGGUUUGUUGCAGUCGGUUUUUUGAGUUCUUCACAGGAUAUACCUACUCCAACGAUUAUGUUGCGUGGCUUGACUUCGUCAACAACGGAGCGUGAUGUUCGACGUACACUUGAUAGUGAACACGCAAACUAUACUGACGUACGUCUUGUUCGCGAUAAAAAGACUGGAAGGUGGAUUGGAUUUGUUGACUUUGUAUCGGCGAAUGAUGCCAAACAGUUUAUGCGAGAUUGCCAGGGAGAAAUUGAGGUACGAAAAACAAUAAUUAGGCUUAACUAUAGCAACCCUAAGGAAAAGCGUGAUGAUGAAUUCGACGAUGCAUCACCAACUAUUAUGCUGCGUGGGAUCCCCACUUCCCUUGAUCAUCGAGAUAUUCGUGACGCUCUUGAUGAUGCUCGCGUGAGUUACUUAGACGUUCGUGUAAUCAAGGAUAAAACAACGGGUAUAUCGAAGGGCUUCGGUUUUGUGGAUUUCGCUUCUGUCCAUGAAGCAAGACGUUGGAUGGACCAUCAAAAAGGUAUGUUUCGUGUGCGACGCUAUGAAAUACGAUUGAUGUACAGUACUCCCCGCAACCAGCUUGAUUCAUUGAUACAUCAUUCUGGAGAUGCUCCCGGGUUACUUGGUCCGUCAAGCUUUAUGACUCGUCCUCCUGCGUUGUCAGAAGUCUCCACCGGAGACUGGAUCUGUUCAAGGUGUUCUAGUCACAACUUCAGAAGGCGAGAUCAGUGCUAUAAAUGUCAGUUGCCGAGGUCUCAAGUGCAAUCCCUCACAAACUCAGUCGAUGGUGUUGAUCUCAUCGGUACAACUCCAUGCAAUACUCUCGUCUUGAGAUGCUUGGAUGCAUUAACUACGGAAGAUGAUAUUUGCCAGGUUUUUCAAGAUACGGCCGACGUAAAAGUGCGACAAUGUCAUGUAAUGAGAGAUGAAGUAACACAUGCUUCCAGGUGCUUUGCUUUUGCGGAGCUUCCCACGGUUGCUGAUGCUUACAAAGUCAUGGAUAUAGUAAACAAAGAAUUCAAGCUUUUUGAGGUUGGAGGAAAAGCAGUAACAGUCUCGUACGCAAAGAAUACUUUCAAUACUAUUAUGGCAACACUAAAAACGGAAGGAUCAUAUAACGCUCAGUUAAACAGCAGUCGCAACUUGGCUCUGGAUUUAGCGCAUGCAGCUAUGGCUGCACAAAAUAAUAACAUAUCACCCGAUACUGUUGCAAUGAAUGCAGUUGCUGCAUCAGCAUUACUGAGUCAAACUUCAAACAAUGGAGCUGCUGUUGCCCAGGCAGCCAUACAACAAAAACAAACUGAACAACAUGUUUUGUCAGCUCUGACGAAAUCUUUGCGUAACCAUUCAGAACAUACUGUCUCAUCUAACUAUGCACCGUCUAUGGCAGCACUCGUAGCAUCCGGUCAGCAGCUCCCACCUCCUUCGUUCCCGUUCAACGCUGUGACGGCAUCUACGACUACAUAUCCAUUUCCGGACACAUCCAAGUACAUAUACGAUGAGUCUACUCGCUUUUACUAUGAUCCUGUCACUGGUCUAAUGUAUGAACCGAACUCAAAAUACUUUUAUGACCGCGGAAGUCAGCAAUAUUAUUAUUGGGAUCAAACGAAGAGUACAUAUCUUCCUGUACCACAAACAAAUCCUCAAUCCAAUUCCGUCGAUAAUGCGGCUUCCAACUCUCAAACCGAUACUUCAGAUGCUCCUAAAAACAAAGAUGAUCGUGGUAAAACAGCUCAACAGAUUGCACGAGAAAUGGAAAAGUGGGCGAAGAAGAUGAAUGCUCAGAAAAAAGCCUCAUCCAAUGCCGGACAGCGCUCUGAUGUGAUAACAUCUGAGGCGAGUAAAACAGCAGACACGGGGUAUGCAAUUUUGGAGGCGUCUGCGAACAAUCCACUUACAAGUGACUCGCAUACACCUGAAUCUGCCAGUUUAGUUGCAGAGUAUGGCGGUGUUGAAGAUAGUGACGAUUCUGGCCAGGAUGAGACACAUAGUGAAAAACAAGAUUCAUUGAUUUCAUUCAAUGCUGAGGCUGAAACAAAGGUUUCAGAAGAAGAAAGCAAACUUUUGGAUUGGGCCAAGCUUGCUUGUAUGUUGUGCUCCCGCGGCUUCAAAGAUGCAGCAACUCUUCAAAAACAUAGAGCAUUUUCUGGUCUCCAUUAUGAAAAUUUAAAUAAAUUACGCGGAAAAUAUGGCUUACCAGCAAUUCCUGUUCCAACCCCCGUGCAAAAUCAGGAAGCUUCAACGGCUGUUAACUCACCUAAAAAUUCCCUUUCAAUCGCAUCGUUAAUGCAGAUUGGUGCUCAAACGGCCAGUAAUCAUGAGAAAUCAGUAGCUUCUAGACAAGUUAGUAGUCGACCAGGCGCAUCCGGUCAAUAUCGUGAUCGAGCCAAGGAGCGUCGUGAAAAGUAUGGAAUACCAUCCCCACCUAGAAUGAAGUCAUUGGAAAGUCAGCCGUCAGUCGUGCAUAUAGAACAAGACUCAUUCGUUCCUCCCCUCCCAUCGAUUCCACCUCCACCCCAGUCAGCUCCCAACGUCGGAAGUCGACUUAUGGAAAAAAUGGGCUGGCAAGCUGGUCAAGGUCUUGGUCGAAGUAAUCAAGGACGAACUCAAAUAGUUGAAGCCGAAUUUAGAGAAGCUGGCGUUGGUCUUGGAAUCAAAACGUCAAAAAGAGGACCUCAGUCAGACAAUUAUAAAGAUAACGUUAAGCGAGCAAUGUUUGCCAGAUUCCACGAAUUAGAGUGACUACUCGUGAAUUGUGUCAUUGUAUAUAAUCGUUUUUUCUGACGUUACUUUCUAACCUGAUCUAGCAUUUCUGUAAAUCUAAUCACUUUUGUUCAGUCCCUGAGUUUAUUGAUUGAUCUCAAUCUGGUUGACUAAAAUAUAAAUCUUGUACAAAAUGCAGCUCUCUUGUUUAAUAUAUUACAGAUCUUAAUCA